ACCUUUUUGAGGGCUUUGUCGGUUGGUACUUGGUAACAGUUAUUUAUGGAGAAGGGAGUAGAGAGAUGGGUGGUAGACAUAUCAAAGUGGGACCCAUCUCCCCAUGAGUUCUCCUCUGCCAUCCUUCUCCUCCCUCAACAUGAACACUCCUCCAUCGCCAGAUUUUUUAGAAUGGAGGACAGAAAACGGGCACUUGUGAGCCGAUUGCUUCAAUAUGCUCUUGUCCAUCAAGUGUUGGGAAUCCCAUUUGAUGAAAUCACCAUAAAACGCACGGUGGAGGGCAAGCCAUAUCUGGAAUAUGAUAUUGUUGGCUGCGAAUUUCCCAAUUUUAAUUUCAAUGUAUCCCAUCAUGGUGACUAUGUGGCCAUUGCAUCUGAACCUUUGUGCCUUGUAGGGUUGGAUAUUGUCUCUUGUGUGAUUCCCCAGAAGGAGACAGUUCUAGGAUUCAUUCAAAACUUCUCAUCAUACUUUUCAAAUUUGGAAUGGGAUAAUAUAGUGAAUGCUGGCUCUUGUGAUGAUAUUUUGGUCGAGUUUUACAGAUAUUGGUCUCUGAAAGAAGCAUAUGUCAAAGCCACAGGGAGUGGACUGGCCUAUGGGUUGGACAAAGUGGAGUUUCAUAACACUAGCUGGAGCAGCAUCUCUGUUAAAAUUAAUGGGGAGGAUAUGAAGGAGUGGGCAUUUUGGCUUUCUGAGAUGGGAAAAAGACAUUUGGUAUCAAUUGCAAGAGGACACCCAAGAUCAGCCACUGAGAGUUAUAAGAGGACAUUAAAUAGGAUCGAGUUUAAUGAAGAGGAAUAUCAUAUGGCUCUUCAUCUUCCAAAUGUAGAUUUUGUCUCACUAACUGUAGAAGAACUUAUUUCAGUCUUGCAUCCAAAAGUUUAUGACAUAAAUACUGAUAAAAAUAAUACCUAAUAUUGUUGAAGCAGAAGACAUGGUUAUUGGAAAGUCAUUGACAUUGUAAUUUUAGUGUUCAAACAGGCUUUCCCAUCAA